CGUCUGAAGAUGAAAUCGUUACCGCCGUUAGAGAGACGCUGUUGUCUGUGCGUGCACGAGAUGCGACUGCAGCCGCAUCUCUUCUACAAUUUGUCGCGCGACAGAAUCGUCGGUUUUUACGAAAUCGGCGCGGAGAAGCGACGCAUCCUCGCGAGGAAGGCCCUGGUGGUGAUGGCGCGCAGUCUGGCCGGCGACUGGGAACAGCCUGUCGCUUACUACUUCCACGGAGGCGCGUGUAACGCCGAUGUGACGAAGAACCUGAUAUUCCAGGCGAUAAUCAAAUUGACGCACAUCGGCGCGACCGUGCACGCUUUGAUCACCGGAACGGCGCCGAUGUUCUUGCGACUGUCGCAGCGAUUAGGCAUUUCCGCGGAGCGCCCGUGGUUUCUGGUGAACGGCGAAAAGAUAUUCUACAUCUUCGACGUCGCUCGUCUGAUGAGAGCGACCAGGAACGUCUUAAUGACUCACGAGAUCUGCUUCCGCGAGAAGAAAGCUUCGUGGGCAGACAUCGAGCUGUUUUUCAGAUGCGACAGUCAAAAGCGGCUGCCGCUUGCCCCUAAACUAUCCGUGAGUCAUCUGAAGCCCAGCGAACGUCAGAAGAUAGAAACUAAGUACGCCGUUGAAGUAUUCAGCGAUAGGGUAGCUGCAGGUUUGAGCGCGUGUAUUGCGUCAGGUGAGUUUUCGCUGAGAGCGAUUGGAACGAUGGAGUUUGUGUACAAUUUCGAUCAGCUGUUCGACAUUUUGAAUUCACGUUCCGCGUCGACGAAACAUAAGGAGUUCGGUGAGGCCUUCACGGGUAAUAUGCGCGAGAUGCGGUUCUUGCAGCAAACACUCGACUUCCUGAAGUCGAUCAGAGUGGUUGACAAAAGCGGGGCGCACGUGAAGUCUAUCAAGUGUUUCGAUCGCUGGCGAGUCACGAUUAACGCGAUUACGCAGCUAUGGGACGUGCUGAAGGAGCAUCGAUUCUCUUUUCUCCGCACGAGAAGACUGAAUCGGGAAGGUAUCGAGCGCGCCUUCCGCUCGAUUAAACAACAAAGUGGAAAUCGCGCCAGACCCACGCCCAUUUUCUUUACUCGCGCCUUUAAGAACCUCGUCAGCAAGCACUUGCUCGAGCACUUGAGUAAAAUCGAUUCCGUUGUGAGCGCGCAGAAGAUUCUCAAGCGGAUAGCGUCGGCAUCGUCCCGUCACGUCGACAGAGAUCCGCCCGUCGCUGCUCAGACAGCUCUAAGCAUCUCGGCGACGAACUAUCGCGACAUCGAUUUACGGCUGCCUGAGAAAAGUGCGUUUAAGCGCGUGUGCGAAUUCCUGCUCGCCGAAUGCUUGCGUGCGCACGAUAAUUGCGAUGUGUGCGUUGCCUACGUCGCUGAGGAAAGCGGUUCGCACGCCGGCAAAGAUGCGCCGGGCUCCUUCAACUUCUACAUUUCCGGUUUGGAGGACACGUUCAUGCGCAUUUUCGAGCAGCUAUCCGCCGAGGAGAAUAUCGGUGCGCGGAUGCUGCAGUACGCACAGCAAGUCGAGUACAAGCCGCCCUGUCCGGACUUCCCGGUAACUUUUCUGAUCAAAUUGUUCCUGCGUAUGCGAAUAUAUUUCACGCUCUUGCGACACAACAGAAUCUGCCGAGGUGCAGACUCGCGCGACUAUUUGAAAGUGAUGCAAUUAUGAGUUGUCUGCUUUUAUUGCGUUGUUUACGCGUCAGCGUGAGCAAUUGUGGUUGGCACCUGAAAACGUAGUUUCCUUGUGACUCGGCAUGCUCCUGCGUCGUCC